AUGGCCGCUAUAGAAGUAGAAGACGAAGACGACGUUGUUAUAAACCCCGCCACCAUGCUCCUCCGCGACGACUCCGACGAAGUCAAGACGGCGGAGACCGAACAGCUCCGCCAGCAUUCUCUUCCUUCGAUCGGCUCAACAAUCGUCACCAGGCAGCUCCCUUCGCAAGGUCUCUCCUUCCAGCUCUGGCCGGCCGCCACCACGCUCCUCACUCUCCUCGACGACCACCGCCGCGACCCUACUGCCAGCCCUCUGGGUCCCACAAUCUCGGCCUUGGAAUCCGGCCGGAGACUCAAGAUCCUCGAACUCGGCUCCGGGACCGGCCUCGUCGGAAUAGCCGCCGCCGCGACGCUCGGCGCGUGCGUCACCGUCACGGACCUGCCGCACGUGACGGACAACCUGAGGUACAAUGUGGAGCUGAACGCCGCCGUUUUGGGAGGAAGCGGCGGGAGUGUGACCGUGGCGGCGCUGAGGUGGGGAGAGGCGGAGGACGCGGAGGCGAUAGGGCGGGAGUUUGAUCUUGUUUUGGCCUCGGACGUGGUGUAUCAUGACCAUCUCUACGAGCCGCUGCUCAAAACGCUGUCGUUUCUGCUGUUGGGGGAGGGCGGCGUGGUGUUUGUGAUGGCCCACUUGAGGAGGUGGAAGAAGGACUCGGCCUUCUUCAAGAGGGCGAGGAAGGUUUUUGAGGUUGAGGUGUUGCACGUGGAUCGUCCGUGCGAGGGAACCAGGACCGGAGUUACUGUUUACCGUUUUACCAGGAAGCCAAGUAAGAAAGUGUUCAAAGAAGUCUCAGUGGUGAACAAUGUCAAUGGGAUUCUCUAA